AUGUGCGCCUCAGCUGUUUCGUCAGCGGGCGCGCUGCGACGUCACACAGAGGCCGCACCGCAGUCGCGCGUCCUCGCUCCAGGCGCUCAGUUUCGCUGCGCCGCUGGUGUCGUCUGGACGGAGCGACCUCCCGCUCUGCAGACGGUCAAGCGCCCGACACUUCCGCCGACCUCACCGUCUCGUCUCGCCGGGCGUCACACGGGAUGGCCGAGUGAGCAGGCGAUGGGUGCCAGGAUGGAGUCGUUCUGCUGCUGCUGCUCCCUGAAGAGCGGCUGCGUGAUAGUGGCCAUUGUGUACGUGCUGCUGGGAUCGCUGAUGGUGAUCCUCGGUGCUGGUCCUCUAGUUCUAGAUGCUCUGCCAGAGGAUGAAGCGUUUUCUAUCUACAAAUACCAAGCACGGGAGUCAUCAGUUUACGACUGGGUCCCAUGUAUGAGCGGGAACAUCAGUAAGAACGACUUGAUCAUGCUAUCCAGCAUCACCCUGACCACAGUUGGUGCGCUGCUGGUCAUCUUCAACAUAGUGCUCAUCCUGGGAUCCUGCAACGAGCGUCGCGCGGCGCUGCUGUGCUGGCUGGUGGUGGACUACUGCUGGCUGGCCGUGGUGCUGGUGGCCCACAGUGGCGCCGCCACGCUGGCCUUCCUCUCCAGCUGCUCGGGCACCGGCUUCGUCAUCGCCGUCGUCGCCAUUCCAGCCCUCAGCGCCAUCACGUACUGCCACCUGGUGGUGGACGGAUUCGCUCAGCAGCUGCGAGAACGUCGCCGGUCCCGGUUGGCUGCGGUCAACUGCGAGAAGUCCUGGGACUGAUGGCGCUUUCGUCCGUGCGGAUCGUCUGAAGGCGAGCAUCGCGAAGGGAGGCUGCUGGCUGCACGCAAAGUGUCACGACACAGCUGUUUACUGUCGCCUGCCUGGCCCGACCUCGGCGCUGCUUCCGUGAUGGUGCGUCGAGACGAGUUCCUUAACUCAUACCAAAGUAACUUUUCCACCCCCACCUUUCACUCCCAAACUCAUUUUUGGGGCCUACUCUCUGCUGAUCGUUCUCCUGAGGAAAAGGAAGUUCAUUGUAUGAACGACAACAUAAAAUGACAAACUAUGUACUUAUAGUGCAGAUAUUAAUGACAACUAGGAGUGAGGAGAAAGCUUAGUUUCCAGAUGGUGUCGUGCGUGUCAUUGCUGCCGUGUUAGUAACGUGAAUACAAUGAACUGUUUCGCAGUGAAAAUAACUGCCGGUACCAGCAUACGAUAUUUUCAACUGUUGAACACCGUGCCAUUUUAAUCACACCUUUGCAGACCUCCUGUGGAAACGUGAUUUUCUUCAGCAAAUACCAUGUCUCUCUGUGCUUGCUUCUAACUGUCCCUCUAUCCCUACUGUCUUUUUUGUUCAAUGAUUGAUAUGGAGUGACGUGUGCGGUUGUAUUGUGUAUGAAAAGACCAAAAAUAGCGCUGCAUUGUGACAAUUGUGGACUUAGCUGUAAGAAAUGCUCAAUUGUUCCGCAGUCGUAUUACCUGAACGUAUCUGUUGAUGCAAAGGAAACGUGCUACCGACACAGGAAUAUACAUGAUGCAGGACCAUAAGAAGCUAUAUAGUCUUAGUAUUAACGUGAUGUUUUAUGUAUACAGACAUUGUUACUGUUGCCUGUGACAAUACUGAAUUAAAAAAUGACACUUAGAUUUGAUUAGUUUUUAUCUAGAGAUUAAUCAACGCCUCUUAAAUAGCACCACUAUCUAGCAUCAGUGAAGAAAUUAGAAGUUACAUGUAAACACAAGCACCUGUAGCACUGCCUUUAUUCUGUUGUUCUGUUUUGUGCGAAAUGUGCAGCUGUAAGAUGUAAGUCAUUAAAAAAUAAUUGAUUUCUCUUAUUAAUGCUGAGCAGACAUAGAAUCUAACAUCUGGCAAGCACAAAUAAGCCUUGGGUAUAAUGCGAGGCCUUUUGAGUGUCUCAGUACAGUUAUUAAUAAAAAUAAAUAUCCUGAAUGAGAAAGCGAUCAUUGCAAACUUUUGUGAAUAAAGCUUUCUACAUCGCUUAAUGUGUUUCUUUAUUUAGAAGCAGUUCUCGGCUAGUUCUAUGAGUAGAUCAAAAGGUACAGCUUGUAAAACAACGUUUAGUGGCAGGUUCAAUAAAAUCCACGCCCAGUCUUCCUGAUUAAGGCAUAUUCCCUGGCAACAUAAAGUCCUUUCCAAUCCACGAUUCAAACCAUGGAUUCAGUGCGGAAAGGACCUUAGCAGUGGUAUGAGACCCUCACGUUGAGCAGAGUCUAUUUUUAUGAAAUGCAGAAUAUGAGUUGGCACUUUUUCACUAUUACAGCUCAAAGGUCAGAUGGUCCAUAACAGUAUUUUCGCUACUGAAGAAGCUGCAAGUAAUAAGAUGUAUUAUGAAAUCCUUGAGAUAUUACUACUCCUCGUUCACAAAAGAGAAUUAAGAUUUCUUACUCAUAGCCACAUUGUAUACACACAAAGUUGGUGUGCUUGAUGCUGAGAUAGAAUAGUAGGAGAACAUUAAUUCGCCUCUACCAGUUACGACGACUUGUUAAGCUUUGUAAGAAACGAUCAUCUCAAACACACAAUUACAUGCAAUAACUUCACAUGGAACACACAAGCCAUAGUAACAGUGGUAUAAAUAAAUUUGUCCAGCAUGCAAGUGACAUCAAUGUAUCAUUUAAUAACUUCCUUCUUCAUAGUUCCGCUUUAGA